AUGUCGAAAGUUGUCAGUAACAAGGAGAAGAAAUCCUUCAGCAAAAAGCUGUUCCGGAGGAGCUCGGUCCGCUCCGUGGGGAGCUUUAUGAACAGAGUUCUCCGGACUCUGUCGACUCUGUCUCAUUUCGGCACAGACGAGCAGGCCGCCGAGGACGAGAAGGACGACGCAACUUUGAUCCCGGCCACCACCGGAGGCUCGGUCCCGUCCGACGACAGCGACUGCGGGGGGUUUCCCUUCGGGGACAAGGUGCCGGGUGUCGCCGGACUCAAGAACCACGGCAACACCUGCUUCAUGAACGCUAUCUUACAGUGCCUGAGCAACACGGAGCUGUUCGCUGAGUACCUGGCUCUGGAGCAGUUCAAAGGUGCAGAGACGACCAGCAACAGCGAGAAGGCCAAGUCCAACGGGGUGCUGGUGCAGAAGAAAGGGAGCCAGCAGCAUGAGGCUGGGGAGGUGACAGAGCAGCUGUCCGGGCUGGUUCGGGCGCUGUGGACCUUUGAGUACACACCUCAGCACAGCAGAGAUUUUAAGAAUGUGGUGUCCAAGAGCGCCCUUCAGUUCAGGGGUAACUCUCAGCACGAUGCCCAGGAAUUCCUCCUUUGGUUGCUGGAUAGAGUUCAUGAAGACCUCAAUAAUAUCAUCCACCCUGACAGCAGACCCCCCCGGAAGCCUCCAGUAGAAGAAGAAAAUGCCCCUGAAGGAUCUCCACUACCAGCACCAGGCUCUUUUGUACAGGAGCUGUUUCAGGCACAAUACAGGUCCUCCCUGACUUGCCCUCACUGCCAGAAACAGAGCAACACCUUUGAUCCUUUCCUCUGCAUCUCACUGCCAAUCCCGGUACCUCACACACGGCCACUGUAUGUGACAGUGGUGUACCAAGGAAAGUGCUCCCAUUGUAUGAGAGUCGGGGUGGCGGUGCCUCUCUCUGGUACCGUGUCCAGGCUGAGACAAGCUGUGGCCCAAGAGACCAAAAUCCCCGCUCAACAGAUCGUCCUUACUGAAAUGUACUACGAUGGCUUUCAUCGCUCCUUCUGUGACGACGACGACGACCUUGAGAUCAUUCAGGAGAGCGACUCCAUCUUUGCCUUCGAGACACCUGAGCUGUUCAGACCGGAGCAGAUCCGCUCCAAGCGAGGCGGGAGCCCACAUGCAAAUCUCAACCAGAACAACCUGAAGUAUGGCACAGACAAUAACAGGAUAUCCCCACAAAUACAAGAGCCCACAACACCACCUCAGAGUCCUAAUAAGAACAGUGGGCAGGCUGAGAAGAUUGUCCUGUUGGUGUGUAACAGAGCCUGCGCUGGACAGCAAGGACGCAGGUUUGGAAAUCCAUUUAUUCUGUAUUUGGAACGUACAGUGACAUGGGAUAUACUUCAGAAAGAGAUCCUGGAGAAGAUGCGACAUAUUUUGCGCCCUGGAGUCUUUGUGCAGGUAGGACCCUUCACUUUGCGUGUGGUAGGAGUGGUUGGAAUCACAUAUCUCUUGCCUCAGGAGGAACAGCCACUCUGCCAUCCCUCUGUGGAGAGGGCAUACAAGUCUUGCGGGCCCGGAGGGCCACCUCAUGUCAAAGUUGUUGUUGAAUGGGACAAGGAGACAAAAGACUAUCUGUUCAAAAGAACGGAGGAUGAAUACAUCCCAGAUGCUGAAAGUGUGCGUCAAGUAAAGGAGCAGCACCUGCAGCCUCAGACAUGCUCACUUGCUCAGUGCUUUCAACUCUACACCAAAGAGGAACAGCUCGCUCCUGAUGAUGCAUGGCGAUGUCCACACUGUAAGCAGCUUCAGCAGGGCAGCAUCAAGCUCAGCCUGUGGACCCUGCCAGACAUCCUCAUACUUCACCUUAAACGCUUUAGACAGGAUGGGGAUCGUCGGAUGAAGAUGCAGAACAUGGUGAAGUUCCCUCUCACAGGUAUGGACAUGGCGCCCCAUAUGGUAAAGAGGAGCCAGAGCAGCUGGAGUCUUCCCUCUCACUGGUCACCAUGGAGACGGCCUUACGGGAUGGGCCGUGAUCCGGAGGACUACCUUUAUGACCUGUAUGCGGUGUGUAACCAUCAUGGGACCAUGCAGGGAGGACAUUACACUGCACACUGUAAGAACUCCAUUGACGGACAGUGGUAUUGCUUUGAUGAUAGCGACGUUCAUCCCAUAUCUGAAGAUGAGGUCUGCAAGCAGACAGCUUACAUCUUGUUUUAUCAAAGGCGUGCCACAAUUCCAUCUUGGUCUGCCAACAGCUCUGUGGGAGGAUCCACCAGCUCUUCCUUGUGUGAGCACUGGAUUAGUCGGCUGAUGGGUAGCCGUCCACCUAGCCAAGCCUCAUCCGGUUCCUCCAGACGCACAUCAUUGGCCUCCCUGUCUGAGUCCGCUGAGUUUACUGGUGAACGGAGCGAGGAUGAUGGCUUAUCGAGCCGCCCAGCAGUGAGAGGCAUGCAAAGACAAACUUUCUCCUCGAGAUCUUCCAUUGCUAGUCCGUUGGUACUCAGUGAAAAUGGCACUAAACCAUCCUGGCCUCACUCUGCCAAGCUCCAACUCCGUUCCAACUCUCCCUCACGCUUCUCCCUGGAAUCCCACUCCUCCUCCCCGACUCUGGAGAGGAUAGGAGAGGUGGUUGAUAACAAGCUGUCAACCUCCUGCUUCACUGGGUCACCUAAGCCAGAGAAACUGUCAGGGGGAAAGUCGGGUCUUGCAGCUUUGGAUAGUAAUCCUGGCAGUAAGAGGCUAAUAGAGCAGGUUCACUCCAAGGCUGUGGCACAGGCAGAGCAGAGGAGCUCCAUCCAGGUCGGGGAUAACAACAAUGUAGUCACUGCUGCUGAACAGAUUAGUCCUCGACAUGGGGCAGCUGCGAAAGAGCCGAAACAAAGAAAUGGGGCUGUAGAUAGUGCCGGUGUCAAAAGGACCUCAGCAAAGACAGGGUUAGAGGGUGAAAGAAGCCCCAAGAAACGGCCUGCCACCUCCUCAACGUCAUCCAGCUCUCUCUCUCCUGCAUCCCCAGCCAUUGACAAGUCACCGUCUCGAACACAGACCAAGAGCACAGCAUCAGCAUCAAACCCCAAGGACAAAAGCGAUGGACCUCCUAAAACUAGCAAGGCUGGUUCCUCAAGAACAGCAACCCCCUCGAAGAAAGGGUCAUCUCAAACCCCGGAGGUAUUACGUCCUGAGUCUGCCCAACAGAAGAAGGGCGGUUCUCCAGGAUUACAAAGCUCACAUCCACAGAGAAGGACAUCACCUAGAGGUGGAGGCGAGAAAAGCUCAGCCUCUGGAAGGACUAGAGCAGCCGACAGGAGCGCUAGCCGUGACUCCUCACGGACCAAUGCAGUUUCAGAGAGAAAGGUUAGCCAUGGAGGACCUCCUGCCAGGUCAAAUGUAGGUAGCAAAGUGGAGAGCAGGUCGGGCCGGGCUGCUGAAAACAGGGCAGCGGGCCAGAACUCGAGCAGUAGCUCCUCCAUGACUAGUCUCCGAUCCUCGAGUGUUGGUGUUUCCUCUGCAAGUGCAGCCCCACCAUCGAGGGGACCUCGUAGGAACAGUAAGACAGAGGACAAAGGUUUGUCCUUCUUCAAAACUGCUCUGAGGCCCAAAGAGACCCGUAAAUCAGCUGAUGGUGGGAAGUCAGGGAUGGGAGAAGCUAAAGGAAGUCCAGAGGAUAGUGGUGUGGAUGCAGCUAAAGAAGGCAUCCCACAUGGAGUGAGCAGGAAAGCCCAGAAUGUGGCUUCGGAGGCCCAGACUAAUGUGACCACAGCCAAAGAAAAGGAAUCCUCAAAGGCACCCGCUACAGCUAAGCAUUCACUGCUGCCCUCCACAAAGUCCAAGCUUUCUGGUGCAGAAACGACCACCCAGUCCUCUGCCAGUGCAAAAGACCCUUCGAAGAAAGAGCCUGCUAAAAAGACAAUGCAGUCCAGGAAAAUCCCCAUCAACUCUACACAAACUAGCCAGAGGUCCAAGUGAUGUUAUUCUGAGGACCUGGUAACAAUCUCUCAAGUGCAGCUCUAAGGUGUUUUAACCACCAACUAGACUGAGUGUCUGACCAACAUCUUUAAAGCACCUGUAGCUUUUCAGUGGUUACUGAAUACCAGCUGCCAUACUGGACGUUUGCUGUCCACAUUGUUAAAUAA